GGUAACAGAAAGACAGCUGGUGAGACCAAAGACCGCACACGGGAAAUGUCUCUGAUUGACGAGUUUUUUAUGGUCCUCGUGCGGUUAAGGACAGGGAUGGCAGGCAAGGAACUGGCCCGCAACUUCAACAUUUCUGAAGGGCAGGUAAGCAAGGUGUUUGUUACGUGGAUCAAGUUUCUCCAGCGACAGUUAAGGGUACUGUUACAGUUUCCGACAGUUGCUGAGAUUCAGCCCAGCCUCCCUAAUGCCUUCCACAAGUUUUCUAACACGAGGGCUGUCCUUGAUGGAACUGAGGUACGUAUCCAGAAGCCGUCGUCGUUGCUUGCUCAGAGGCAGACCUUCUCGCCCUACAAACACUACAACACCUACAAAGCGGUUGUUGGAUGUACACCCGAAGGGUACAUUUGCCAUGUUUCACAACUGUGGGGUGGGACUGUGUCAGACAGAAUGAUAGUUGAGGAGAGUGGGCUCGUGGAUCAGUUGGAGUCGGGCGAUGCCAUCAUGGUAGACAAGGGAUUCAAAUUUAAUAGCCUACCACCUGGAGUGCAAGUGCACAUUCCGUGUUUCAGGCAGCCGAACGAACCUCAGAUGCCGGAGGAAGAUGUGGCACACACCCGGCGGGUGGCCAGUGCACGUGUAGUUAUUGAACGCGCAAUCGGAAGGAUUAAGCAAUUUCACUUCCUUGAUCGACCCUUCCCCAUCUCCAUGAUAGAUAUUGCAGAUGAGGCGUUUCAGGUUUGUUGCUUUUUAAGCAACUUUCGUAUGCCACUCAGCCGUGCUGAGUAGCAGCAGGACAUAUGUGUCGGCUUCAGUGGCAACCUUCAGCUUGAUAAACAUUUUAGAAUAACUUCCUUUUUGUGGUUGAAC